CCGUCAUUCUGCACAGCGGCUGUGGCUUAAUGUUGUUGAUCGGUCACGACUGCAGAAAACACGCGCACCAUACAUCGUUUGCUGUUUGCCGUUUGCUGCACGCUCGCUGUCGAUAUAAUCACGCUCGUUGUCCCGUUGCACCUGCCCCGUUCUGCCCCUCCUCCUCCUCACCGCGUUGCAGCGACCACCACCCCGCCGCGAACCGAGUGACACAGCAUGGCACCCGACGCCAUUGAGACAAAUGGCCCAUUGAGCCCUGGCGCUGGCAUUCUCAAACGCUCCAACACCAACGAAGGCUGGACCCCCAACACCGUCCUCAGCACCCUCCCUGAGCAACCACAACCCCACUCGACAUCCCCGCUGCCCUUCUUCCACUUGCUCGAACGCCUCAAAACCACCAAGCGCGAAGGCUGGCGACGUUUCGAAAUCAGCCAUGGCGAGUCCAUAUCCGAUCACAUGUACCGCAUGGCCAUCAUCACCAUGCUGUGUCCUCCCACUCUGGCAAAGCGGAUAGACUUGUCAAAAUGCACACGAAUGGCUUUGAUUCACGAUAUGGCAGAGAGCUUAGUUGGAGACAUCACUCCCGUUGAUGGCGUGAGCAAAACUGAGAAGAGCAGAAGAGAGACAGAAACCAUGGACUAUUUGACCAAAACCCUGCUCGGAAAUGUGCAUGGCGGUCAGGCUGGGCAGGACAUGCGCGAAGUGUGGCAGGAAUACGAAGACAGCAAGACACUGGAAAGCAAAUUUGUGCACGAUGUGGACAAGAUGGAACUGCUACUGCAGAUGAUUGAAUAUGAAAAAGCUCAAGACGCAAAGGUGGACUUGGGCGAGUUCGCUUGGGUCGCGAAACGCAUAGAGCUUCCUGAAGUGCAGCAGUGGGCGGCAGAACUUCUCGCCGAGAGGAAGCAAUUUUGGCAGACGAAAGGAAAGGAGCCAUCUGGAGUUCAGGACAUCUCGGAGGAAAUGAAGAAGGCUCACGAUGGAUACUAUGGCAAUGGCACGUCAUGAGGCGCUCGAGGCGUUCAAACCUUUUCUGAUUGUGACAUCACGCCAUGCGAAUGAACUUCACGAACCACACGUGCGAUGCAUACAGCGAGGAAAGAUAGACGCUACUUGAUGAUAGAGACGAAGAGAUGAACGAUACCCUGGUGUGUGCUGGGUUGGUGGAAUUUCGAUUCUGAUAUUCGAAUAGAGCAGACUGGACACAUCACAACAAGAAGAUGGUGCUUGCUUUUUCGCACACUUCUAGACCAAUGCCAUUGGCAUUGCUAACCCAAUGAAGCAGCAGAAUGGAGAAACAUUCCAGUGUUAUCUGAAGCGAUCCUUGUGGCACAGAAGAUCUCCUUGCAUUGU